UUUUGACGUUACUACUAGCGUAUAACAUGAUUGAUGUAGAGCCUUUCAAACGUGGGUUAUUCUGUAAUGAUGAGACCAUUCAGUACCCGUAUAAAGACGACACCGUCAGCGACAGUUUAGUCGCUAUUAUUUUCGUCCUCGUACCUAUUGUAGUCAUGCUUAUCAUAGAAACGGCUUACACUAUUUCCUCCACAAACAGACAGACAAACGAAAAGAAAUUUUUAGCACAAAAACUCUCGGUGAAGUUGUACAGAACAAUUGGAGCAUUUUUAUUCGCCGCGACAUGUACAUUAUUUCUAACAGAAACCAUGAAAUUAUUUGGAGGAAGGCUCCGUCCUCAUUUUGUAUCUUUAUGUAAACCAGACUUUUCUAAAAUUAACUGUUCCCAAGGUUACAUUAUGAUACCAACUGACGCGUGUACAUCAGACGUGACAAAGAGGAAACUUUUGGAUUCAAGGAAAUCAUUUCCAUCAGGCCAUGCUUCUUUGUCAACAUUCGGUGCAAUAUAUUUACUGGCUUUUCUGCAGCUCCGUUUCACAUGGACGAAAAAAAUAAGAAUAUUGUUGCCAUUACUACAACUUGGAAUUUUAUGCGCAGCCAUAUUUGUUUGUAUUUCCCGCGUGAAUGAUAACAAACAUCAUUUUAGUGACGUCAUCGCUGGUGCUAUUUUAGGAACGGUCAUAGCUUUAUUGUCGUUAAAAUACGUGUCUUGUAUACGAAAGGAUGUGUCACAAGAAAUCCAUCUACCCGAACAGUCACGUGACAGAUCUAGUAAUCCUGUACUUAUUAACAAUAUAACAACAACAACAAAUUCAGGACAGUCUCCAAACAUUGCUGUUGAGAUGAAAGAAGUAUGACACAACAAAUAUAAUGAUUAUACAGUCGACUUCGCUUAUAAAACGAACUCAAUAGGACAUUUAUAUAUCGUUCGUUUUAUUCGGAAUUCGCUAGAAGCCAAGCAGCAACAACUUUCGCUGGGCAUUUUUGUCGUGAAAAAAGCCAUACCUAUUACUGAAUAAAUUAUACAGUUAUUUAAAGUGGAUUGGUCUACAAUGGGCACAUUUUCCAUAAGUAUUUCAAAUAUGGAUUAAAACAAUAGAAAUGUAUAAUGUGGAUAUUCUUACCAUAUAUUGCUUGAAAAACUUAAAUAUUAUGAUAUUCUGUUCUAGAACAAUUUAAUAUAUGAGCCGCGUCACGACAAAACCAACGUAAUGCGUUUGCGUCCAGCAUGGAUCCAGACCAGCCUGC